AAGGGGCUCCAAUCAACGACUCUCCUCUAAUUUGGUUUCUUUCUCAUAACGACGCCGUUUAGCUCCUUUUCAUCAGUUUUCUUCUCUCUUUUCAAUCGUCUUUCCUUCUUUCUUAGUCUUCUGUCGAAAUUUGAAACCAUUUCUUUCAUACGUUUUUAAGCCCUCUGAUCGUUUCCGAUCCCUAAAAGGAUAUUUGCAAAGAAAAGAAAAAAAAAAGAAGAAAGCGUAUUAUAUUCUGUUUUCAAAUUCACAGAGCAUUUCAUUCAGAUGGGAAGCUGCGUCUCUAAGGACACAGGAGACGAUGAUUCGGUUCAUAACGUUGAUUUCUCCGGCGGCAAUGUUCAUCUGAUCACAACAAAAGAGAGCUGGGAUGAGAAAUUAGCUGAAGCUGGUCGCGAUGGCAAAAUCGUGAUUGCAAACUUCAGCGCGACAUGGUGUGGUCCAUGUAAGAUUGUGGCACCGUUUUACGUGGAGCUCUCUGAGAAACAUCCUUCUCUUAUGUUCCUUCUUGUAGAUGUUGAUGAACUCAGCGAUUUUAGCUCAACAUGGGACAUAAAGGCAACACCAACCUUCUUCUUCCUAAAGAACGGAGAGCAAAUAGGCAAGCUUGUCGGAGCUAACAAGCCUGAGCUACAGAAGAAGGUUACUUCUAUCAUCGACUCUGUUCCUGAAAGUCCACAGCGGCCUUGAUGCCCCCUCUUUGUGUCUUCUCACCCUGGAGUGUAUCAAAAACUCUGUUCUAUAUUAUGGAUGUAAAAUGCACAAUUUUUUUUAAAAAAAAAAUGUCAUGAAAAACAUUUGAGUUAGAUCUUCCUGUCCUGUUUCUAUAAAUGCAACUUUUCAUUCUCAUCA